UGGGAAUGGGAAGGAGAAUGAAAGUGUUUAGCAACCGGGAGAUCAGGUGCGGCGAGGACAGGCGGCGACCAGAAGGGGAGUGGUUGAAGUGGCCACGCUCCCGCUCCUUGUUCCCGGCGCCGCAGGGCAGCUUCUGCCGCUCGGACCCCGCAGGGACCAUCACUCGUUAGUGCGGAAGUCUCGCAGUGCCGUGCUCGGGCUGAGGCUCGGGGUUGUGGUGCUACGGUGAGGAUGUCCCGCCGCAGUCCCCGUCUGGCCACCAACGGCUACUACCAGCACGAUGACGACGUCUCCAGUAGCAGCGGCAGCUCCACCACAUCCGGUGCUCCCUCUUACAAGGAGACUCCCAUCAGGUUGCACAAGAAAAGGUCAAACAGCAAGUGGCCGGGACCUGUGCCUGGUGUCAAACGUUCACCGUCCAACAGUUCAGUCAACAGUCUGAGUAGCUACAUCAGCAACGUCAGUAAUGUCUCCAAGCGCUCUCAGCGCUCUCUGCUCCUCGGCAGCAGCAGCGGGUGGCAGGAGCCCGUCGCGCCUUCCACUUCUUCCAACAUCUACUUGUCGUCGACAUCUGGCUACUCAACCGAGGAUGAGCUGCAGGGUUUGGCGUACUCUGAAUCGUUCUCCCCCCUUGCCAAGCUGUGGGGCUGGAUCUCGCUGCUGUCUCCAGAAAAAGCUCUGCCCCUGGUGUUCUGGUGGUUGAGCACAGCCUGGUACCAGUUAACAACGGCCAUCUCCUUGAUCGAUGUCCUUACUCUGUCCAGGUGUGUCCCUCACGUGAAGAAGUGGAUGCUGCUGGUGUUGCUGGCAUUACUGGGUGUUGGCCUCUUGAUGUCAUCCACAGGUAUCUGGUCUCGUGCCGAAAAGCCGGACGCGCUGGAAAGCACUCAGGCUGGCCUGCAGGUGCGAGUGCACAGAAUGGAGAAGGAGCUGGAUCUGCUGACCGCUGCCUUCCGGGCUUGGCUGGACUGGGGCGGUGAGCCGUCUGAAACCAUACGCCUCCCUCCCCCGCCGACACCAGCCCACAUCAUCAAGCUGCUGGGCAAGGUAACCCUUCAGAGACUGGAGGAGCUUCGGGAAAUGCUGCCCUUCGAGUCGCUGGAGAGGGUGCUGGCUGACAUCGCCGCCAUCCAGCAGAUGCAUGAGGAGCGGACGGAGCCGGCGCUGCGGGCAGUUGGUUGCAAUACCAAGAUGUUGUUGCAGAAGGUGAAGGAAAUGGAAUCUGCUGUGAAAAGGUACAGAGCUGCGCUGUGA